GGGACACCUUCCACUAGACCAGGUUGCUCAAAGCACUGUUCAGCCCAGCCAGCCUUGAACCCUUGGACAAGGGUCAGUGACUUAUACAACAGGAAUGUUAACGAUGAACAGCACAAUGGCCCAGCUCUUUGGUGAGGUCUUUUUACAUCUUCAAAAGAUGCCGUGUUGGUUUUCCUUUAAAGCCCAGAAAGCUGGGAGUAGCUAAGUAUCAACUCACUUGGCUGAUCACCAGAAAUUAGGACAGAAGUUUCCACUCCUUCUUUCUCAUCAUUGUCCACAAUGCAACCAUAAACCCACCCUCAUUUUUACCUAUCUGCCGAACAAUCACUGUAGACAAACCCAGAGGGAAUUAGCCUUCAGUCCAAAGGGGCAGCAGCCCUUUUUACACUUGGAUAUUAGGCAAUUGCUAAGGCUGCAAGAAACACCCCCACUCCAUUAUAUAUUGGGUUUGCAAGACAGCCCUGCCUCCUGCUCCAGACCCUGCACCAAAGCAUUGUGCAUAGGAGCAGCUGCAGAAGGGCAAACACCAUAGAUAGGGCCUGGCUCAAUGGCACUUCUUCCAUAGGUCGCUGGUCCACAGAGAUGUGCAUUGUCACAUUGCUCCUUUUGUAUUCCUGGUGUUUCAUGACUUUGGCCUUAGCUUCUGGAGUUGUGUGGGUUUGGUGGGUAUCCAAGUGACAUAUUAGAAAGAGGCAAACACUACAUAUUAUGGAGAGGGGAAUGACUCACCCACAUGGACUCCAAAAAACAAACCAAAACCCCCCAAAAAAUGGGCUAAAAAACCAAAAAGACAAAAAGGAAGCAAAAUGUUGGGAAAUCUCAUUAUUUUAGGUAAUUUUUGUUACCUUGGCAUAUCUAAUCUCCUUCCGAGAUGAUGGAAUUGGUUCACCCUGCAAUUUGACUGCCCUUGUCUUCAGGUACAUCUCCACCUGUGAGACGUUUCUCAGCCCUGUUGUUUGCCCAUAGCUGGCAUGCCCUGUCCUGCCCUGGCUGCUAGUUGCCCUUGUGGGUGCUGCUGUGGCCAGCUCAUAUGGGUGGGGGACAAACUGACUUACUGUGCAAAUAGAGGGAAUGAGAGGCUGCCCAGCUGAAUGGGUACAGGUCCUCCCUAUUGCCCUCACCACUGCCUGGGGACUUGCCCUGCAUGCUCAGCCUGUGAGAGACAGCUCUGCUCAGAAUGCCUCAGGGCUGCCCACAUCUGAAAACCUCCUAUGUGGCUCCUAUCACCCACCAAGUAGUCCUUGGUCACAGCGUUUGGCCACACCUGUGCCAUUCACACCUUCUUCACCUGUCAGCAGGAAGGAGGAAGGGAAGGAGGAAGAGAGACAGAGGGAGGGAGAAAAGGAAGGAGGGAAGCAAGGAGGCUGCAUUCAGCAUUUGCCUCCAGCAGCUAAAGCCAGAGCAGCUGAUAGUCACCGUGGGAGACGCUCGCAAUGUCCUCACCAGGUUCCACCACCUCUUUGCCGAGCGGCCUGGCUGUCCUGAGGACUUUCCCAGAUGUGCUCUUCAUUCCUGAAAUUAUCUUUGGGGGCCUUGUCUGGAUCCUGGUGGCAUCCUCGAAGGUCCCGAUCCCCAUGCUGCAAGGCUGGGUGAUGUUUGUCUCUGUGUUUUGCUUCAUCAUGUCCACCAUCCUCCUGUGCCUCUACAUCUGCAGUGUGCAUAGGGGCAGCAGCUCCUGGGUCACCUUGGAUGUCAUCUGCCAGUCAACAGCAGCUCUGUUCUACCUCAGUGCUGCUGUAUUGGAGGCCUACGCUACCCAUAUCGUUCACUUCGUUGACCCGUUAGUGGCCGGGCACCGGGAGAACAUUGCUGCAGUGGUAUUUGCAUUCUUAGCUACCCUGGUGUAUGUGAUCCAUAAGGUGUGCUCUACCCUGCGAUGGAAAUCAUCCUAAGAGCGUCCCCUUGCAAGUGUGUCUUGUGGUCACCCCAUGAAUACCGAAGUUGUUCAAUGACUGCAGUUUCCAGGCUGGGUUUGGGUUUUGUUUUUUAAUGUAAAUACUAUAAAACAAGAAGCUUUUAAUGUGGGACCAUGGCAAUGAAGACAAAGAGCGUACCAGAGUAAGCUAUAUCCUGCACAGUCUGUUUCCCUUAAUUCUCUUCUAGGUUGGGUGCAGUUUGAUGCUGGUAACUGGGGUCCAAAUAGAAAACAUCUAGUUUUAAAAAUAAUAAUAUAGUUGGGUUCAAAGUGCUAAAAUCUCCCUGAACCAUACCUUUGUGUUUCCAGGGUUGUUAUUUCAGGGGAAGCCUGCACAACCAGCACUAAGGAGCAUGAGUAUGAAACUGGGUAAUUUUAAUUGCCACCUGUCCAUAUAAGCCUGUUUCCCUCCCUAAACCCGCUGUGCCAAAAGAACAUUUUCCUAGAGUUUCUGGAAGUGCCAUCUCUGACUUGUGAUGAGAAAUGGGGGCAAUAUUUAACCUGCCUCAGGGGCAAUACGAGUUAUUGCAGCCCCUGGAGGAGUAUUGUUGAAUUAUGAGGCACAACCAUAAUGCCAGGAAUUACUGCUGUCUUUAAUCCCCCUACGAAAUACAGCUUAGAAGGUGCUCUGUAGACUGCAGGAGAAUUGUAUGCAUUAUUAGAGUAACAUCUUGAAUAAGCAGAGGCAAUCAACUCUUGUCUUUGGUGCAUGGCUGCUCUCACAUGCACCAGCACUAUGUUGCUGUAAUGAAGACGAGCUUGGCUGAGGUUUUGCAGAUAGGCAAGAGUCUUUUCUGCUAUUCUCCCUUUGCUGCACACAGGUACACAGCCCUGUACAGCCUCAGGAGCACUGUGCUGUAACAGGGCAAUGCUGAGGGAGGAGGCACAGACUUCAGCAUAAGUGAGAGGGUUCUUCUGGCUAUGGGACCCUAUAGGGCCAGGGGUUAAAGCAAGCUCAGGUUAAUCUCAGUGGUGAUGUUCAUCUGAAUACUUAAAUUACUCCAGUGUUAACUUGAGUGGUCUGGUUUUGGCUGGGAUAGAGUUAAUUUUCUUCACAGUAGCUGGUACGGGGCUGUGUCUUGGGUUUGUGCUGGAAACUGUUGGUAACACAGGGAUGUUUUUGUUACUGCUGAGCAGUGCUUGCACAGAGUCAAGAGUUGUUCUGCUCCUCAUACCAUGCACCAAUGAGGAGGCUGGAGGUGCAGAAGAAGCUGGGAGUGGACAUAGGCAGGACAGCUGACCCCAACUGACCCAAAAGAUAUUCCAGAUCAUACGGGGUCAUGCUCAGCAUAUAAAGCUGGGGGAAGAAGAAAGGGGGGAACUUUUGGAGUGAUGGUGUUUGUCUUCCCAAGUAACCAUUACGUGUGAUGGAGCCCUGCUGUCCUGGAGAUGGGAAGUGGUGAAUGAAUUCCUUAUGUUGCUUUGGUUGUGUGCGUGGCUUUUGCUUUACCUAUUAAACUGCCUUUAUCUCAA